CUUAUUAACUGUUUAAAAAUGUUUGCUUUUGUGUUCAUUCUUUCUGUAGUCACCCCAGGGCCACCAGCAGCCACCACAAUUACACCAGUAACCAACACAUCACAAACCACCACCAUCACAGCAGUAACCACCGUAUCUACAACCGGAUCAGUAACCAACACAUCACAAACCACCACCAUCACACCAGUCACCCCAGGGCUAACAGCAGCCACCACAAUUACACCAGUAACCAACACAUCACAAACCACCACCAUCACACCAGUAACCACCACAUCGACAACUGGAUCAGUAACCAACACAUCACAAACAACCACCAUCACACCAGGACCGACCCCAUCAACAACUAGAUCAGUAACCAACACAUCACAAACCACUACAAUUACACCAGCAACGACCACAGCCACAACCGUAUCAGGACCGACCACAUCGACAACUAGAUCAGCCACAACCGUAUCAGCAAUCACCACAUCGCUGACCACUCCAGGUUUACCAGUGCGAGUUGUUGGAAUUAGAGUGAAAUUUAGCACAUCUCUAGUCUUGGACACUCAAGUCUUGAACACUCCAAACACCAAUAUGAUUUUGCAACAAGUGAAACAGCAUCUGGUCAAUUACAAUCUCUCAAGCACCAUUGCUGUAAAGUUAAGAACCCUGAAAAGGAUAUAAAUACUAGAUAAAUAGUGUUGGGAGGUUACUUUGGAAAUGUAAUAGAUUACAGAUUACAAAUUACCCUAUUUAAAAUGGAAUAAGUAGUGUAACUUUUCAAUUACUUUAUAAAAGUAAAGUAACUGAUUACAUCUUAUUAUUACUUUAAAGUUUCUAAUGGAUAUUUUAAACUAAAUCAUUUUCCAGGAUUUAUACCAAGCAGGUGUGACCUUACAGUAGCUCUGUUUACUGUUAAAAUUUCUAAAUCUUUCAUCACCUGAAUUAAGAUUAUAUUAAUUUAAUUUCAGAGUACAGCCAUUAUAAAAACCAGACCUUUUAGCGAAAACAUUUUUUACUGUUGUUACAAAAUCUAAAUUUUAGUUAGUUGUGCAGGGUGAUUUUUGUGGCAAUUGCAAUUUUGCACCUUUCAUUUUUAAUCAAAGCAACUUAAAUCCAAGUUCAUCAUAUCUGAGUGAUCAAUAAAACUGUCAAUGAAACAUAUGAAGUGUAAUAGUUCAGUUCAGUUAUUUACUGUAAAUAAUAUGCUGUAUUAAACAGAAACAAAUUAUGGUAAAUAACAGCAAAAACUAAAAAUCCAAUAAAAGCAAGUGUUACACAUUUAAAAUACUAUAGUAAUUUAUAGUAAAGGGAAAAAUUUAGGA